AUGUUCACUUGCAUAGCUUGUACGAAAGCAGACGGAGGUGAGGAAGUCGGAGCGCGUGGAAACACCACUCCCAAUACUAAAGAAGCCGUCAAAAGCCUAACCACACAGAUUAAAGAUAUGGCUAUCAAAUUCUCUGGUGCUUAUAAACAAUGUAAGCCAUGCACUGGUUCCUCUACCAGUCCUAUGAAGAAAGUACAUAGACCGUUCCCAGAUUAUGACAAUGCCUCUGAAGGUGUUCCGUACCCUUACAUGGGUGGCAGCGCCGGUUCAACUCCUGCUUGGGACUUUACAAACUCCUCUCACCAUCCAGCUGGACGGUCAGAGCCAAAAUUCACAUCAAUCUAUGGAAAUGAUCGAGAAUCUAUCUCUGCUCAGUCUUGUGAUGUGGUACUAGAUGAUGAAGGGCCAAAAGAGUGGAUGGCUCAAGUAGAACCGGGUGUCCAUAUCACAUUCUCUUCGCUUCCCACUGGAGGAAAUGAUCUGAAACGUAUCCGCUUUAGCCGGGAGAUGUUCGACAAGUGGCAGGCUCAACAGUGGUGGGGUGAGAACUAUGACAAGAUCGUCGAGCUUUACAAUGUACAGAAAUUUAAUCGCCAAGCUCUUCAAACGCCUGCUAGAUCCGAGGACCAGUCACAGAGAGAUUCAACUUACUCGAAGAUGGAAUCAGCGAGAGAAAGCAAAGACUGGACUCCAAGACACAACUUCAGACCUCCAGGAGUUAGUGUCCCGCAUCACUUCUAUGGUGGCUUUAGCAACUAUGGUCAUCAUCAUGGAGGACCUCCAAUGGAUGCAGCACGAACCACCACUUCUUCUAGAGACGAACCACCGUCAAUGAGCAACGCUAGUGAAAUGCAGGCUGAGUGGAUCGAAGAGGACGAGCCAGGCGUUUACAUUACCAUCAGACAAUUAGUAGAUGGUACUAGAGAGCUACGUCGGGUCAGAUUCAGCCGGGAACGUUUUGGGGAAGUGCACGCAAAGACAUGGUGGGAGCAGAACAGAGAGAGAAUACAAAGCCAAUACCUCUAGUAACAGAGAAAUACGAGUGUUCUUCAAGAUCUUUAAUUGAUUAACCUUCUCCACAUAACACAUCUAUAUACUUUGCCUAUCUUGUUUUCUUCGUAGUUUAAGAUCUAUAAAUAACUUACGCAUAAGUCAAUGAUUGAGCUGAUUACAUAUAGC